AUGGCUGCAAGAGAGUUUCUCAAUCCUGUUAGUAACCAGAAGACACUACUUAGAGAAAACAUAACCCCUCACAAAAUAGCAGUUGUCUUAUUUAUCAAAGAGUUUUGCAUGAUAAAAGCCAAAGCUCGACCAGGCCAACUUCUCACUUGCGAAGAUGGAUCAUUCUACAGUGUGGAGGCUGUUCAUCGUAGAGAUUUUUGUAUGCUUGUUCUCAAAUUAAUCCAGUGCCCUGAUAUGGAAUUGUCAGAAUUUAUGGGUCUGUUACACUCUGGCCAGUAUACAUGGCUCCCAGCUCACAUUUCAGCGCUCAAAAGGACUCUUGCUGAAAUUAAUGAGGGUGGAGUAUGUGCCAUUCAGUCGCUCAUACAUGAUCUCAACGUCACUGUCUUUUCCGAUUCAGCUUUACUUCAACCUGUUGUAAAUAAGAGCAGUAUUAUAGGAUUAUUUCUUCGACGAAUAAUUAUAUUUUUUGACAAGCUUACCUUUUCGCAAGUUGUUGCUGUCUACCGUUCAUUUAAAGCUUAUUAUUUUCGAGCAAAAGUGGCAGGAACAGAUCUUGGAGGCCCUCUUGAUAAUCCAGCAGUUGGAGCAUCAUCCACUGUAGGAGAUUCUAUGCUUUCGGAAAAUAUGCAUCUUUCAUCUACCAUGGGUAUUGAUAGUGAGUACAAGUGCAGCAGUCCAAUAGGAGUGGGAAUGAAGACAGAACUAAUGGCACUUGAAGGAGAAGCUGUUAGCUGGACUAGAAGACAAGCAGAGCUAUUUAUAGCUCAACAAGUCAAUCUUCUGCAAAAUAAUGAGAGUCUUGCCCUGCCUCCACCAAAACUUCAAGACAAAAUAAGGGAUAUCCUUCAAGCAAAUCCUGACUAUGCUGAGGCACAUUACCUCAGUUAUUUGAAUUGCUUGAGAGUGCGGGAAUAUUGUGGAGCAAUCGAUAGCCUCUUCCACUGUUUUGACCGCAAUACGGCACUGGCUGCGAGCAACAAUUCCACUGAUGAUAAAAACAGAAGCUUCCGUUAUGCCACUUUAAACCUAGCCAUUCUUCAUGCUCAGUUCGGACAGAAAGGAGAGGCAUUGUGUGCAUUGAGAGAGGCAGUUCAAAUGGCCCAUGAAGCUAAUGAUGACGUCUGUCUUCAGCAUGCACAAACUUGGUUGUACAGAUUAAGUCGAAACAAUAAGGAUGUCUUAAUUCAACGUUCUAUUAACCGAAGUUCUGAUCUGAAACUCAGCUAUUUAACGAGCCUUGGUAUUCAGUCAUCUGCUCAAUGUGCUGGCAUUGCAGGGACAAAACCAGCAUUAGUGUUUGAAGUCUUGAUGAAGAGUGAUGCAUUAAACUGUCAGAACUCUUUGCUAGAAUUGUUGGCAAACAGUUUUGCUCAGAAGGCUGCUCUGUGGCUCUUGUAUGGCAAAAUGGAAAUGAGCUCGCUUUCCAGUCAACUCUUACUCCGCUUGCAUACUCCUGAUGCUGCCCUAAUGCCACAAUCUGGUUUCAGUGGUGAAAGCACUUGUCUUGCCCUGUGCUGUGUAGCUAACAAUUUCAUUCAAGAAGGCAAAUAUCAACUGGCAUCAGUUUUAUUACAACAUGCACGUCAACAGUUUCCUCAUGAACCUAUGUCUCAUGCUUGGAUGUAUACGGAACAGCUUCUGUACUUCUUUGAAGCCUUGCACAAUGGUCGUUGGCAAGAAGCAGAGCAGGCUGUUACUCGCAUGUCUUCUGUCCACAAAUGGGACAGUUUGUUGAGAAAAGGAGAACUUUUGCUCUCCAAGGGUGAUGCUGUGGGAGCUUCUGCUGCUGUUCAUCCGGUCCUGGAUAAUCCAACUUGUGAGACUGAGUUGGGAUGUGGCAUUGGUAUAAACAGUGCGCAAGGCAAUGGAGGAGCCAGGUUGGCUUUAAGAAUUCGUGCUCUAGUUCUUACUUCUGAAGCUCAUCAUAUCAAUGGACCAGGUCCUGCCACAGCUGUUUGUGUUCUUACCACUGCAUUGGCUCUGGCCCAGCAGAACUAUUUGGACAGCCUUGCAGCUAUUGUUGCAUGCCACUUAGCACAUCUGCAGCUUCAACUUGGGUUGCCAACACAAGCACUGAGACUCCUAGAUGAAUGGUUAUUGGUUGUGUUGGCUCAUGGUGGAGCAUAUGAUAGAGCAAGAGCUUUACUUUUACUUGCAAAAUGUCGAGUGGCAGCAGCAACUGCAUCUCCAACAAGUCAGGCAGAAAGACAUAACAUUGUAACUGAGGCUAUCAGCACACUGGAGAGAUCCAAAAGCCUCUUUAACCAAGUUGAAGCAACAUCAAGGGUGAAGGAUGUCCUCUACUUGCAGGCUUUACUGUACAAUGAAGUUGAUUGUGUGGUGGGAAGAAAGAAAUGUGCUCUUGAAUUUCGUGCACUUGAUGAGCAACAUCCAACUAAAAUAGCCACAACUUUAUUAAAUCGUUUUUAAGAAAUAUUUAUAAACUAUUUUUGUAAAUAUAAAGUGAAUGUGAUAUUAUAAAAAUGUGGGCUCUGAAGUUAAA